AUGGCUUCGACCUCUGCGGUCUCUCGUUCUCCGUAUUCUACAACACACCCCGUCCUUGUUGUAAACAGUUUAGCGGACCCCAAGCCCAGUCAGCAGACAACGCCUCCCCUUACCCCUCCAGCCGGAAAUCGAAAAGACAGUCUGCUUGAUUUCAAUGACCUCACGCUCUCUCAAUUCGCGGUCAGCCAGGACGAGGAGCCCCUAGUCGCAGUGCUCGGUUGCGGUUACGUUGGAACGAACCUCAUUGGCGAGUUCAGAGGUCACUACAAUGUGUUAGGAUUCGACAUUUCCCUCAAGCAGAUUGAAAUCGCCAAGGGCGUCCAUGGGGGCGAAGGCAGUCGAGCGAGUUUCACCGUCGCACCUGAAGACCUGUCGAAGGCCACACAUUUCCUAGUCUCAGUACCAACACUGCUUCUGGAGGAUAAGAGCAUCGACACUUCAUAUGUCAGAAGUGCUCUGGAGUUGAUCUCAAAACAUGCCCGGCAGGGUUCCACGAUCGUCAUUGAAAGCUCCGUCGCCGUGGGCAUGACGAGACAGCUAGUGGGGCCUUUGGCAAAGGAAAGGGGCUUCUUCGCCGGCAUGUCUCCAGAGAGAGUCGAUCCCGGUCGUACGGAUCCUCCCAUGCACACGAUCCCGAAAGUGGUCUCUGGGUUAGAUGACGUUGUACCUGGCUCACUCAGCGCCAUCUCCCGCUUGUAUUCCCGUGUCUUCGAUACCAUUUUCCCCGUAUCAAAACCAGAGGUCGCGGAAAUGAUGAAAUUGUAUGAGAAUUGCCAACGAAUGGUUUGCAUCGCAUAUGCCAACGAGAUGGCAGAUGCCUGCGUCCCACAUGGCAUAGAUCCCUGGGAAGUCUGCCGGGCAGCGUCAACCAAGCCAUUUGGAUAUAUGCCUUUCACGCCAAGCUUAGGCGUCGGAGGGCAUUGCAUUCCGGUGAACCCGUAUUACCUUCUUUCCAACAGCGAUUUCCCGUUACUGAAGAACGCUACCGAGAAGAUGUGGCAGCGACCGGCAGCCGUUGGUCAGAAAGCACUCGACGCCCUCUUCAAUGCCCAAAAUGAGGAGGAUGUGUUGUUGCGUCCUUCAGUGCCACACAUCGACUCUGGAAUCGACGUUACGUUCGACGCCGCCGAUGAGAAGUUCCACAUCAAGAAGCCUGAUGGCGCUGAUGACCAUGACAAAUUUUCUGAAACAACGGCAGUUCAAAGCCGCAGAAGCUCAGUGGACUCAGCAUCGACUCUUUCAUCCCGAGCCCGCGUCCUCGUUGUGGGCAUGGGGUUCAAGCCUGGUCAGAGUGUACUGAGCAACUCUCCAGGAGUCCAGCUAACGCAGUCUCUGGCCGACUCGGGCCGCGCGGACGUCAUGUUUGCAGAUCCUUUAGUGAAGCAAUCGGCUAUUCCGCUCAUUCCUCGACUUGACGAUGAAUCCUGGAACAAGCACAUGCUCGAGACAUUCGACAUGAUCAUUGUUGCGAUCAAGCAGACGGGAGUGGAUCUUAGCAUCCUAGAGGAGCUAGAGGGUGUCAAGGUGCAGAAAUGGUACGCAUAG